UACGGAGCUGCCUGCAGCUAUCACAUGACCCGGUCACAUGACAUCUGUUUACCUCGUCAGUCACCGGCUGCGGAUCAGUAGUACAGGAUGAUGGCUGCGGGCGGCUGCUGGCUGCUGGUUCUCGGGGCGGCGGGGCUGGUGUUCGGGCUCCCACCCGUUCGGUGGAUGCAGGCGGCACCGGGGGACCCUGGGAUGAACACCCUGAUGGGGCUGGCGGAGCGGGAGUAUAACGCUGCUAGCGGCCGGGAGGAGCUGUACCGGGCAAUGCGGAUGCGCGACCUCCGCAAACAGUUGGUAUCCGGUAUACGGUACGAGUUCACCGUCUUCUUGGGACGCACGUUGUGCAGGAAGGGGGAUGAGGAGCUCCUGGGUAAUUGUCCACUUCACAGCUUGUCUGCACUGAUGGAGAUAGAAUGCAAAUUCUCCAUGUUCGUGUUGCCAUGGGUGAAUGAGACAAAAGUAGUGGAGCAAACAUGUUCUCAAGAAGGUCACAUUGAAGAGACAAGUGAACCAUCAUCCUCUAAACAAGAAGAACCUUCCAUGAAAGCAGAGGCCGAGAUGCUGGAAACAUUGUCCUUAUUUAAGGACUUUGUGACAACCUACAAUAAAAAAUACAAGGAUACUGAAGAGGCUUUGAUGAGGCUGCAGAUAUUUGCUCAAAAUCUCAAGAAAGCGAAGGAGAUUCAAGAAAAAGACCAGGGUACUGCUGAAUAUGGUGUCACUAAAUUUAGCGAUCUCACAGAGGAAGAGUUCAGGACUCUAUAUCUGAACCCAUUACUCUCCAGCCAGCCUCCCCGUCCUAUGAAGAUGGCUCCGACACCAACUGAUCCUCCGCCGGCAGAGUGGGAUUGGAGAGAUCAUGGAGCAGUAACGGAAGUAAAGAACCAGGGCAUGUGUGGCUCAUGUUGGGCAUUUUCGGUAACGGGAAACAUCGAAGGGCAGUGGUUCUUGAAGAAAAAGUCACUCGUCUCCCUCUCGGAGCAAGAGUUGGUGGAUUGUGAUGUCGUGGAUCAGGCGUGUGGAGGAGGUCUCCCCUCAAAUGCCUACCAGGCUAUUGAGAAGCUGGGAGGACUUGAGUCAGAGCAAGACUACAGCUACCUGGGCCACAAGGAGAGGUGCAGCUUCUCUACCAACAAAGUCUCAGCUUUUAUCAACAGCUCUGUGGAGAUUCCAAAAGAUGAGACAGAGAUUGCAGCCUGGUUGGCGCAGAAUGGACCAAUAUCCAUAGCUCUUAAUGCUUUUGCAAUGCAGUUUUACCAUAAAGGGAUAUCUCACCCGUUCCGCAUACUUUGUAACCCGUGGAUGAUCGACCAUGCUGUUCUGUUAGUGGGCUAUGGAGUCCGAGAUGGGAAGCCUUUCUGGGCUAUCAAGAACAGCUGGGGAAAAGACUGGGGAGAGCAGGGUUAUUAUUAUUUGUAUCGUGGCACCGGGGCAUGUGGGAUGAACACCAUGUGCAGCUCUGCAGUAAUAGACUAGAGAACUCUGUGGAAGAAAUCCUCAUCGUGUGAUCAUUUGGGUACACCAUAUUAAGAUUCGUUAUCUAGUCUUCACCACAGUAUGUGAUGUUAGUGAUGUACAUUCCUCUCCUUACAGAGGGCCGGGUAGAAAUUCUUACCUAAUAAUCUGUUUUAAUGAAAGAAGAUAUUUAUAUUUGCAUAGCACUGGAUGAAAUGUACUAAUAUAUUUUACUAUUUUAACAUUUUAGAAUGACCUUGAGGUCUUCUGAAGACCUAACAUAGAAGAAUGCAUAGUAGUAUUUUACCUCACUUUAAAGUCUUACUAUCGUUUUGAAAAUAGAUGUGAAACGUUUUGAUCGCUGGGGGUCUGGGUGUUAAGGAGUACCUAUCAUGAUCUAAACUCUCACUAAUCCCCCCCCCCCCCCCAAUCUGUCCCUGACUCUCACUGACACUAUAUUUGUGUUAGUUUUCAUUCAAAACCCCCUCUUUCUACCUGACUUAUUGUCUUCUUGGCUGCUCAUUCAGCCGUCCUAGUGUGAGAGAGUAAGGGGGCGUGGCCCAGUAUAGAGGCUGUGAACACAGCAGCCGGCAGCUCUGAAUUUUCUCCUCUCUGUUUACAACUGCAUGUGCAGAGAGAAGAAAGAUCGAAGCUCAGAUAGUAAAAUGAAUGAGGGCAUGCAGUAAGGCAGAAUCAGGAGUAUGCCCUGCUGUGCUAUGAGCACAGUGCUGGCUCCUGCCUGUCUGAUUGACAGGCAGGGAGCAGUGCUGAGCUUGUCUGUGUCCCGGCUGCAGUCUGAGAUUUAGGACUCCUGCUUGAGUUUGAAAUCUAUAAAAAGGGCUUGUGGCCAGGACUGGUAGGGAGACCACUCAGUGGAAAAUUAAAUAGAAAGAAGCAUAUUUUUUAAUAACAUGCAAUAGGAAAGUUAUUCUGCAUACAUUAAUCUAUAAUAUAUCAAAAGUUUUUUUUUGAUGAAAGGUACCCUUUAAGAUUUUUGCUAAACUUUUUGCUAAACCUUCUCUCCCCAGCUCUGCAGAAGACUGAUUCUAUAGUAAGUCUAUGGCAGUGUUUUCCAACCAGGGUGCCUCUAGA